AUGGCGCAGGCUGCGGAGGAUACCCGCGAAACCACCUUGUCUGAGUACUUGGCAGCUUGCCCUGCCUUUGUCUUUGCUAAAUUCGAAACGAACCCGGCGCUUAUGUCGAACGGUCUGAUAUCUAAUCCAGCCAGGAGACGAUGCCCCCACCGACUGGAACCUUGGGACAAUUUCCUUGAAGAGCAGAGGGCAAUAAUGAGGACGCUCCUCUCCAGCUUUCCGGCUGAUACCAGGACGUUCAUGAACCGGGCUUACCUCAGGUCCCGAGGCGAGGUGAUCCACCGAAGGAGGUUAACGACUGCAGAAGCACUGGAGCAAAUCCUGCUGGAUUUCGUGGCGGAGCCGGUAACUGCGAUUGUUGAAAGGUUUCGAGAUGUUGACGAUAUCACAUCGGCAUUUAACAUUGGCGCGGGGAUCGCGUUCAAAACACGCCCCCAUACACUCGCCGAAGCUACCAGGGGAGCGGCACCGGCACGGCCCAAAAGCCCGGACGACACCAAGUUUCGACCGGACCACAUCUACGCCUACAGGCGAAACAGCUCGGACUCAAACGAGAAAACCAUGGCUUUCAUCAUCGAAUACAGGUCCCCUCAAAACCUAACCCCCCCUCAUCUCCGCCUCGGGUUGAGACCCAUGGAUGUACACGAGGAGGUGGCCAAGCGAAAUUCUAUCCCCCCCGAGAAGGAACAAGAGGCCUACUUUCAAUACCAUGCCGACAGACUAGCGGCGUCGGCGCUCACUCAGGCAUUCGACUACAUGAUCCAAGCCGGGCUCACCUAUGGGUGUGUCACAACAGGCGAAACCUUCGUUUUUCUGAAGAUUAACUGGACACACCCGAUCACACUCUUGUACCACAUGGCUGAACCGGCACUUGAGGUGGAAGAGCAUCGGGAAAACGCCCUCUGCUGUACCGCCGUGAGCCAGGUGUUAGCGUUUACGAUGUUAGCCCUUCAUUCAGCGUCACAACCAGCACAUGGACAAGACGAACGCCAAAGAGCAAUCAACAGACUGAAGAUAUGGGAAGCGGAUUCCAUGCAUCAAUCCCCGUCCGACACUGGACGAGCACCACUAUCUACCUCGUCGGCACACGAGCCCAGAACGUACAAAGGUGUAGAUAGAUCGCCUCGCCCCUUUGUAUCCCCCAAUGCCGCUGUUGGGAAACGAAAAGCCCCCGUUGGCCACCAACAAGGUUACAGGACCGGCCCUGGUGCCCGAGCUGUUUCGCCCGAUUCCGACCGGGAUUAUGCCGAACCAGAGAUACCGAGUACACCAACACCACCCGCCGGGUCAACACCAACCGGACAGGUUCUCGCCCAGCGUCGUGGCGGAGAUAGCGGCGACGCGGGGGGCUCUACGGAGACUCGCCAAUAUUGCACCCAAAAGUGCCUCCUUGGUUUAACCACUCGCAACGUUCUCGACGAGGCAUGCCCCAAUGUUUAUCUCCACCGACGCACUGAUCAAGAGUUCCGUCGCCAUCCCGUCGAUCACAAGACUUGGCUCAGCCUUCUCCGCAAGCAGCUGGCGCAAACACUCGACGACGGGGUCGUCCCUCUGGGACAGCAGAGCGCAUGGGGGAUUGUCUUCCAGGUUACGCUACUCGAAUACGGCUACACGUUCAUCGGCAAGGCAACUACAACCCGAUUUGUGCCAGACCUAUCACACGAGGGCGAGGUUUAUGAACACCUUCAGCCGCUCCAGGGAGUCCAUGUGCCAGUGUUUCUUGGAGGGGUUAACCUCCGAGAGCUCGGACGAACGUACUACUACGACACCGAUGUACGACUUAUUUACAUGAAUCUCCUGUCGUGGGCCGGACGGAACCGGGUUGACAAGGUAGAGAAGGUGAAGUCCAAAACUGGCGUUUUCCGUGCCUUGCAGGCGCUCUUUGCAUGUCGAGUGGCGCACAAUGGGGAGCGGGUGCCGAAUAUAUUGUGGAAUGAGGAAACCGAAAAAGCGAUGGUGAUCAACUUUGAGCAGGCGACGAUUUUGGAAUGGAGCUAG